AUGGAUGUUUUGGAGGAUAGCUGGGUGACUGAGCAGCCGAUCAACCAACUCCCGACCAUGGUAGACUCGACGAGGAUUGCUGGAUAUAGGGUUUGCGACCUAAUGGACCCAGAUGGGGGCCGGUGGAGGGAGGAAUUGAUCCAGGAGGUGUUUAGGGAGCAGUUGGCAGUGAUGAUUAUGGGUCUUCCAGUUCCUAUUCGGGAGGUGCCUGACAGAAAUGCUGGACUCUUUGAGGGGAGGAGGUGGUCUUCGAGGAUGGUGGUGGAUCGAGCUGUGUUACAUGCAGGGGAGGUCACCGGUGCUACCGCUUUGUUCUCUUCUGGGAUGGCUAGGGACAUCUGGGAUACUCUCUCCGCUGUUACAGCGCCCAAGUUCGCCCUUGUUUCAUGGGUGCCCCCACCCCAUGGUCAUCUCAAGGUAAACUUUAAUGACAGUCGGUCGAUGGACGGUGGUUCUAAAGGUGUGGAUUUUGUGAUCAGAGACUCCCUGGGCAGGUUGAUAGCUGCUGAGGGCCGUCGCAUGCCAGGGCUCACCGUUAUUGGGGCAGAGCUGCGGGCUGCUUGGGAGGGCUUAUCCUAUGUGAUGAGGGUCCUCGGUGCCGUGCGGGUGCAUCUCGAAGAGGACUCUUCUGCGAUGAUCGACUGGAUCCAAGAUGCGGAUAGAUACGGUGACGGUCACCCGCUCAUCUUAGAGAUCCGGAGAUUUGUUCAGGAGAUGGGUGAUUUUCAGGUAGCACAUAUGUACCGGAAGGCGAACAGAGCAGUUGACUGGGUCGUCUCCUACGUCGCCCGGCACUCCGAGGAGUUCCUUUAG